AUCAAAAAUGCAAUGAAGCAGAUGAACAAAGACCAGAUCAAGGAGGGACAGAAAGAAAAGAAAGCUUAACUUUAGCUCCAGCUCAGAAGAGUCUCUCUUGAGCCUCAAAGCUUUACUGUCCCAAGUCCACGGAGGCACCUGUUGACACCAGAGAAGAGCUGCAGGUUUAUCUGAGAGUCAGGAAGGUCCUGUGACUCGUAUCCAUCGCAGCCAUGGCCUCCCUGAUGAGGGGCUGGGUCACUGGCUUCUUCACCUACGAGACCACCAAGUCGGUGGUGGUGAAGAGCUGGUCUGUGGGGAUCAUUAACCGGGUUGUGCAGCUGCUCAUCAUCACAUAUUUUGUUGGCUGGGUCUUCAUCCAUGAGAAAGCUUACCAGGUAACUGACACUGGUGUCGAGUCCUCUGUCAUGACUAAAGUCAAAGGCUUUGGGAAGUACAACGACCUUGUGAUGGAUGUGGCCGACUACAUCUACCCUCCUCAAGGUACGGACGUGUUCUGCAUCAUGACCAGAAUCAUCAUCACUGAAAACCAGUUCAGAGGACGAUGUCCAGAGGCUAGAAAAGAUUUCCAAUGUUCAACAGAUGCAGACUGCCACAAGCAUUUGGGCUCUGUUCGCGCCAAUGGUAUAAUAACAGGUGCUUGCAUCGAUAUCUCAGAGUCCAAAGGUCGUUGUGAGAUUGAAGCGUGGUGUCCAGCUGAGAACGACAAAGUGAAGAACACACCAAUGGCGAAUGUGGAAAACUUCACCAUCUUCAUCAAAAACAGCAUUCGCUUCCCGCUCUUCAAUGUCACCAGAGGAAAUUUUCUGUCAAUGAGUGAAAAACAAAUCAAGACCUGCACCUACCACCCAGAGUUGAACCCCUUCUGUCCCAUCUUUCGCGUGGGGGAUGUCCUGAGCUACACCAAUCAUACUGUGGAUGGACUGGCAGAACAGGGAGGAGAAAUAGGAAUUAACAUUGAAUGGAAGUGUAACCUGGACAGAAAUAUUGAAAACUGUGUGCCCAGGUACUCUUUCACUAGAAUGGAUGCCACAUUCACCUCCUCUCCCUCCAAAGGAUACAACUUCAGAUUUGCCAAAUAUUUCAAGACAGAGAAUGGGACGGAAUUUCGGACUCUUCACAAAGCUUAUGCGAUCCGCUUUGACGUUAUGGUCACUGGCAAUGCAGGAAAGUUCAGCACAAUCCCAACACUGAUCAACUUAGUUGCAGCAUUUACCUCAAUUGGACUGGGCACAGUUCUCUGUGAUAUCAUCUUACUGAACUUCUUGAAAGGAGCUGAUCAGUAUAAGGCCAAAAAAUUUGAAGAGGUGUCAGACGCUCAGAUAGAAGCAUCCAUCACUCCCAGUCCAGACAGCCAGUCGUCCCUCAAACCAGGUAUGAAGAGCUCCUAUGACUCUGGAGCCCUUUCCCUCUGCACGUCUGACUGAAAACCAAAGCCUGAAGAAACAGUAAAGCCUCUUGCUUUUUCUUUCACUUAUUGCCUGUGUGUCCUUUCCAUCGGCCUUGAUCAUGUAGUGAGUUUGAAUUUGAUACAUUUCUGUAGGUGAAUAGAGAAGAGCAACAUUGAUGUCAUCUUCCCAAUUCAAGUAACAAAAGUAGGAAACAGAAGAAAAGAAUAUGGCUUUCAUUUAACUCAUCAACAUAAGUUAUAAGUUAUAAGUUAUAAACACUUAAAGAAAACAUUACUUAUCUCAAAGGGAGGCAUAUAAUCGAUCAAGUGCUAUUUUAUUGUACACACCCACAUUUUACAAUGUUGUACCUGCAAUAAUAUGUAAUCUCUUAUUUAUUAAUCAAAAUGAUUAAAGCUCCCCUCUCUCUUUUGUUCCAUGUGUCGAUUAAAAAAAGCCAUAGUUGGACAAAAAACUACUGAAAGAACUAUUUGCAUUAUAUUUUUGAAUAUUCAUCUUUUGUCAUGUUCACAUGAUUACCCAUCCUGUCCUCACAAAUAAAGUGCU